GUACAUAAUUAUGAUGCAUAACUGUGUUCUACACUCAGAUAAGAUACUGGCCUAGUUUCUAUAUUUGAAGACCCUUCAGCCAUGGAGACCGUCGGAAUAAUAGGCUGUGGUUUGGUCGGUCAGAGCUGGGCGAUCGUGUUCUCCACAGCCGGACAUCCGGUGCGUAUCUAUGACAACGACCCGGGCAAGUUGCUAUCUGGUACCCAGGCCAUUUUGACUAAGAUGGUGGAGCUGGAAACCAAAGGCGCACUCCGGGGAACCGUUAAGGCGGACAAGGCGUUCGGUCUCAUAAAACCCGCGUACUCCAUACAGGAGUGUGUGCGUGAAGCCGCAUACGUCCAGGAGUGCGUCUUCGAAGAUUUCACGCUCAAGCGGAAAGUCUUUGAAGAGGCAGAACGGUAUGCGCCUGAUGACGUCAUGUUAGCCAGUUCCACGGGAAACAUCUUCGCGUCUCGCCUGUCAGAAGGUCUUGGCAAGAAAACAAGAAUCAUCGUUGCUCAUCCGCUUAACCCGCCGCAUCUGGUGCCGCUGGUGGAAAUCAUUCCGGCUCCAUGGACGGACGAUGACGUCAUUUCCGGCGCCCGGCGCUUAUUACAGUCCGUCGGUCAGGAGCCAAUCGUGGCGAAGAAAGAGACGGCUGGGUUCAUCAUCUGUCGCAUACAGCACGCAAUCACGGCCGAGUGCUUCAAGCUUAUACGGGAUGAGGUGGUCAGUGUAGCUGACCUUGACAAGCUGAUGCCUCACGGACUGGGUCUGCGUUACGCCUUCCUCGGUGCCCUGGAGACCUCGUACCUGAACGCCAACGGCCUUAAGCAUUUCUGCUCAUUGUAUGGGGACUCAAUCUAUGAACUACAAAAUCAGUCCGGACCGCCAAUCAAGCUAGAAGGCGCAACGCUGGAUAUCAUUCAGCAGCAAAUUGAGGAACGAAUCCCAUUGGAUAAAAUCGAAGAGCGCAGAAAAUGGCGUGAUGAACGCUUGGCGGAACUUUUCAAAUUGAAACAUAAAUAAAUGUUUUCAUUUUCAUGCAGCGCACAGGUACAACAAGCAUAUGCAUAUUACAACUUACAAAAUAAAAAAUUUGUUAAUGUUUACUUACAAGAUGUUGCAUGCAUGUUCUUGUACAGACUUUCACAGUCACUCUUUCUAUCAGAGUCACUCAAAUAACAGUUUUCAUGUGAAACUAAAAAAAUUCUGAACAGAGAACUCCAUUACAGCGUCAAGAAAAAGGUGUAUUUCAAAUAUACACCAGGCAAUUGAAGUUUGAUAAAGGCCAUCAUCAGAAGCUUUAGCUAAAUAUCAGCAGUCGAACAGCGGUAUAACAAUCUGAAAAAGAUGUACGUCUGAAUUUAUGUUAACAUCUAUCGACUUGAAUGAGAUCCAGUAGGUGCAAAUUGUAUACAUUUUGUCGAACAAGAGAACGGCUCCAUGUUUUCAAGAUUUGCUAAAUCCAUGUUUAUUCACUCUUUAAAUAAAAAACAAAAAUGUCUACCGAUGCUCAUGUAUAUGCUGACAAACUGUGAGGCAAACCAACAAGCAAAAUGUUUUCCUACCUCAUGUCGUAUGGGUACAUAUUAUGGGGAAAUUUCAACUGUGUAAAUAACGCAUUGUAAGAACAUAAGUUCUGUGUAAACCUUUUUGUCGAAUAACGUCGCAAAUACAAAACGCGUUCGUUUAAAAAGAACGAUUAGAAGAUUUGAAUAGAAACCUUCCUAGUAGCCGACUGCUUUUUAUUUUUGCGUUUACGACUUCGUACGAUUGUUUCUACUGGUAGUUAAUACAUUUCCUUGUAUAGUUUCUUGCUAAAAUCCAAUUGGUAUUUACAUGUCAAUACGUAUAAAAUGGAAAUUUAUUCAUGACAUUGUGAUUGCUGUGUAAAUGUAACCCAAUACUCUAAACUGAUAUCUACAUAUCAGUUUUCAAACAAAGUUUUGAGGUUUUUACCUAUCGUAAGUUCAGUUGACAACUUAACAUUUUCAUUCCAAUCUGCGAAUACUGAAAUUAAACAACAUUUAUCGAUAACAAGUAUUAUCAUU